AUGGAGUUUCUUAUUCUCAUUAUUAUUUCAUCAGCAAUUUUGUCAAGUGAAUCAACUCUGGUCAAAUAUGAUUUUAUUAUUAAAACAAUCCCCGGUAAUCCAGACGGUUAUCCUCGUGCUGUUAUCACAAUGUACAAUGCUAAUGAUACCUGGGAUCCUAAUCGACCAUUUCCCGGCCCUUUGAUACGGGCAAGACUCGGCGAUACUCUUCAAAUACGUAUCACAAAUCACAUGAAAGAGCAAUCAACAUCAAUUCACUUUCAUGGUCUUCACAUGCUGAAUAAUCCAUGGAUGGAUGGUACGGAGUACGUAACUCAAUGUCCAAUUCAUCCAUCUGAAACGUUUAGUUACAUAUUUAAUGUCACUCAGACAGGCACAUUCUGGUAUCAUUCGCAUCAGGGUCAACAAUAUGCUGAUGGUCUUAUAGGACCGAUGAUAUUUGAUGAUGACGAAAUUGAGAAGAACUAUUCAUACGGAAUGAGUGAUCAUGUGAUUAUGCUUCAAGAAUGGUAUCACGAGUCAUGGGCUGACAUUAUGACUGCAUAUCAAGGACCCUAUGGAGCUUUUCCGGGCAGUAUUCCCGUGUAUCCCUGGCCGCCAACGUCGUUUUUAAUAAAUGGUCACGGUCAGUUUGAUUGUCGUACAAUAAAUUGUACUGAAUAUUCAUCGUUUUUGAACGCAUGUGGGCACCGUGAGCGCGCUCAAUGUAUACCGCUAAGAGAUCCAUUUUUUGGCAUAUGUAACCCUCAUCUUCAUGUAGAAGAUGAGUUUCUCUGUGAUGCGAGUCAGAUGAGAUUGAGAUUAAUAAAUGCAGCUAGUGAGCAUAAUAUAACCAUUGUUGCUCGUGACAGUGUUCCCAUCUUACCUAUAACUGUGCCACGACUGACUAUUCCAAUAGGACAACGUCUCGAUCUGAUUGUUGAAUGCAAUAAAGACCCUUUGACAAAAUAUAAAAUGUACGUGGCUAGUCGAAAUAGUUUUCAUCCGCCACACAUAAUCACCGGUCCCACACCGACAAUGUGGGCAACAGCUCUUCUCACCUAUCCACAAUCAAAUGACAGCGAUAAUUCAACAGGGAAGCCAUUACCUCUACUGCCAGCUGAUGACACUUUCUUUGAAUACAAAUUCCUGAAACCUCUGCAACCUAAACUAGCUUCGCCGGCUGUCAAACGUGUUAAACUCUUUUUCUCAGUCGUAUGGAACUCUAGUCGAGGUGAUGCCCUUGAAGAAUGGCAAGUCAAUGGAAUUACAUUUGAACAUCCGAAAGAACCAUUACUACAAGCUAAUUUUCUCGAUGGUACCGAUCGAUAUGCUGUAGCUGACUCACGUCAGGGUCGAGUAGGGAAUGUACACGAAACUUAUAUUGAAUACUUUGAAUUUGGACAAGUUUACGAAAUAGUAAUGAUUAACGAAGAUCCUCAACAACAUCCUUGGCAUCUACAUGGCUAUACCGUCGAUUUCGUGGCUGCUGAAAAAUUGGAAGCGGGGACAGACUGCAACGGAAUAUCGACGGGUGUUGAUAUGAAAACCUUUGAUUAUGAUUCGGUAUUACCGAGCUUAAAUUCAUCAGCACCUGUAGUGACUGUGGGCGAUUCGUGGAAUUUACCCAGAAAUAGUUACGUGGCGUUUCGAUUUAAAGCAGAUAAUCCGGGACCAUGGCUGCUUCAUUGUCACAUGGACUGGCAUAUUGCGCCAGGAUUAGCGCUUGUCUUCUCAGUAGGAGAAAACGGCACGUACAAGAAUCUUUUACAACCACCGCCAGCCGAUUUUCAGAUAAAAAUAAACGAUGUUCAUGUAAAAUAUUUAAACAAUUAUUUGAAAUUAUUAAUAAAACAAAAAUUUUCAAAAUAUUUUAAAUUAUAUAAAAAUACAAUACACAUCACUACAGCUGAUAAUAUUGCAAUAAAAUCUUCUACAUCUAAUAAUGAUAACCUAGAAAAUUUAGCAUUCAAGAACAACAACAAUGAAGAAAAACAACUAUCUAUAUGUCAAUAUUAUAAAAACACUUUUAAUGUUAUUUUAACAGUAGCUUUUCAAACACUACUUUAUAAUGAUAUGUGUGAAUCCAAUGAUCUUCAACAAUUUAAAACAACAUUAAUAAAUUUUAAAAAUUAUUUGACACCCUAUUUUUCUAAACAUGAAAAUAUGUUAUCAAUAAAAAAUUUUACAGUAGUACGUGAUCAUGAACUUUGUUUAUCAAUAUUAGUUAUAAUAUGGCAUCUUGUUGAUAAACCAAUAUUUGAAUCAGUAUUUAUUGAAACUGAUUAUGCAAAAGCCGUAUUAGAUUGGAUACAACUGUCCACUAAACGAAAAGGACAUAAACGUGAAUUGGUUAAUAUUGUACAUAAUCUUAUUCGUCAAAAACAAGGACAAAAUGCAUUUAAACAAGAGAAUGUUAUCUUUAUAUUAGAUGAAAUAUGUUCAACGUUUGAAAAUUGUCGAGAUGAUGAAAUGAUUGUAGUUUAUUAUAUGGGAUCAAUAUUGAUUGAUGGGCAUGAGUUAAUCGAAACAUUUUUGAAAGAAUUUAACGAUUCAAUAAAACAUAUCCUUAAUAGAAUUUUCAAUAUGAAUUUAAGAGCAUGUUGUAACUUAAUUAAAUAUAAAGAACUGCUAUAUUAUAAUUUUCAUUUAUCUGAAUUAUUGAUUGUAUUAGAAAGAUUAUUUAUUUCGGAUUUUAUUGUUAAAUAUUUUUUAACAGACAAUGAAUCUGAAAUAGAUCGAGCAUCAACGCAUCACUCAUCAUCACUAUCAUUAUCAUCAUCGUCUUCGUCAAUUUCUUCGUUAACACCGUCAUCUAUCUCAUCAAUAUUUUUACAGGAUAAUAAAAAAGAUUCAAUAAAAAUAUUCUCUGAUGCAUUAUUAUCAAUCUAUGGUAGAAUUACUGAUGGUGAUAAUCGUGGUAAACUGGCAUGUGAAUUAUUAAUGAAAAUUCUGUAG